ACUGUCAAGUGGCAGCACAUGUGUCGUCUAAAAGGGUGGCAAGACUAACAAUUGUAGUUGUUGUUUACAAUUUUUAACAUGCCACCAAAAAAGGAUGCGAAAGGCGGAAAGGAUGGCGCAAAAGGUGGCAAAAAGCCAGCUGCAGACGAUAAAGGUGCCGCCGGUAAGGAGAAGAAGGGCGGCAAUGCUGUGAAGGUGCGUCACAUUCUCUGUGAGAAGCAGGGUAAGAUAAUGGAGGCCUUGGAGAAGUUGAAAGCGGGUCAAAAGUUUCCCGAAGUGGCAACUGCUUACAGUGAGGACAAGGCACGACAGGGCGGUGACUUGGGCUGGCAAAUACGCGGCGCCAUGGUCGGACCAUUCCAAGAUGCCGCCUUUGCUCUGCCCAUAUCGACAGUCAACAAUCCCGUGUACACAGAUCCACCGAUUAAGACCAAGUUCGGCUACCAUAUAAUCAUGGUCGAGGGAAAGAAAUGAGAACUGAUUUCAAAAAUCGUGUUUAUUGCGCUUGAAUUGUUUCCUUUCAAUAUAAAUUAUUCUGAUAUUAUCA